AAAUUCGCGGACUCACUUCGCGGGUGGAGCGACCGCGCGCCGUUUCCCCUGUUAAGUACCGUCGCGGUCGCGGCCGUAGACUGAGCGACGGGAAAAAAGAUAACCUCGCGACACGGCGCCGGGAGUUCGGUCCCUCCCGCUACGUCCACGGACGGGAGCACAAAGGGUCUGUUGUCACACGGCCGGUGCUCCAGAUCGUUUUGGGCAAACUGUCAGUUUCUCGAGGGUCUCGGGCGCGCAGGUAGAUAUUUUCGUGCGUUUUUAAAUGUGAUUCCACGGGGGGCGAUCUACAUUUCUAUAUUUAAGGACACUUGUGAUACGCGGAUUCAGAAUGGCUCAGCGUCCUCAGAACUAUGGGUCUACGGAUCAACGGGUGGAUGUACCUGAUGUGGGAUUUAGUCCUACUGAACUUUAUAAUCGCUGUGAAAAUAUUACCCUUAACAUACGUAAGAUUCAGAAAAAUUGGAAGACUUUGGAAGAGGCAUACAAAAACAUCGGUACCAGCAAGGAUAACCAAGGCUUAAGAGACAUAGUGCAUGUAACACAAUUGAAGACCAAUGAGGUGGUCACGCAGAUAAGCAAGGACAUAGCGAGACUAACGGUGAUGAUGAGGCGUGGGGAGAAGAAGCAAAAGUUACAAAUUGAGAAACUCACGACGGACUUUAAAGAGGCAUUACAGCAAUAUUCCGAUAUGCAGAAGUCAAUUGUUGAGAAGAUGAAGAGACAUAUUUUAGCUAUGACCAAUAUAGAAAAUUCAAUGGAAGAGGAGGAUGCUGAAGAGACACACCGCCUACUUCUAACACAAGAGCAAGAGCACAGGACCACGCAAAGGACACUCGAAUUUCAACACGGGCUACUGUUAGAGAGAGAGGAUAGGAUAAAACGUAUUGAGGGCGAUAUUUUGGAUGUAAAUCAAAUUAUGCGCGAACUCGCGGCACUGGUGCAUCAGCAAGGUGAUACCAUUGAUACAAUUGACAACCAUAUAGAGAAUAUACACGGCAAUGUCGAGUUAGGAGCGCAGGAACUCGAGAAGGGAAGUAAUUACCAAAGUAAAUUUCGUCGGAAAGUUUAUAUCUUAUUGUUACUUGCGAUUAUAGUUGCCAUUGUAUUAACUGUUAUUCUAGUCAUUAAAUUAAGUUAGCGACUCUUGCCUCUGCGCGGGUCUUACUGAUGAACGAAAAGGGUUGUCUCAAUCUGUCUCAUAUGUCGUUUGAAAGUAGUUUCUUCAAGGACCAUCUCGUUUUUGCCCAUUUCUGUAUAUUGGAGAUGUAACGAGGAGAGUAUAGAGACUUAUUUUAUAUCUUACGAAUGGAAUUGUCUCCUGUAUUUUUGGAGAUGUUAGCCAUUUUGAAAUUUUAUAAAACAGUAUUUAAUAAUUUCACAUAUAAAAUAUGAAUUUUUAUAGACCUUUUUUAUUCUGUUUUUACACUAGCUGAAUUAUUAUUGAAUAAAAUAUUAGAGCAUCAGUAAAGGCUAAUAAUACCUUUAUCAUUUUUCUGACAUGCCUAUAAUCUUAUAAUGUAUACAAUAGUUACUUGAAAUAAUAUUAAUUUUUCAUAUUUAAAUACGAAAGAUUUCGUAUUCUGAAAACAAAAAAAAAUUCUAUUUAUCAAAGUAUUACGUUAAUAUUACACGUGAAAAAAAUGUUUUUAACGUCAUAUGCUUCAAUAGCUUUAAACUUCCCAAUGGUGAUACAAAUAUUCGUGUCAAUAGCAGAAAUUUGCUAAUAUCGGUUUAUAGUUUGAAAACAUAUUGUUGGUAUCAUAUAUCAACUUGACUGAUGCGUUUUCUUAGCAAGAUCUAUCUAGAUAUAUUUAAUAUAUUGCAUAAAAGAAUUAUAUUCUUUACAAAAAAUUUAUAAACAGAUUUAUAAAUAGGCAGAAGAUGUUUCGUAUAUAAACACGAAGUUGCACAAGGAAAAUUAUCUAUUUAUUGUCGCCACAUGAGAAAAAAUGAUAUUAAUGAGACGUACAUAUAAUUAUAAUCAAACUAAUACAAAAAAAUGUUGCAUACAUGUAUUUUACUCGCAUUUGAUAUAUUUUCAUAUAUUGGUCUGAAUUAUUGAUCAGAAUGAAUCAAUAUUAUUACACAUAUGAGUACUAAUCGUAAUUAAUAAAUUGCUGUAACUGCAAAUCAAGCCAAACUAGAUAGACGAAAAUUGUAUGAUAAUUAGCACUGUAAUUGGCAUAUAAUCAAUUAUAGGAAGGUACUCUUGUGGCAACUCUUGUAAUAAAAUUGUAUUGUACAAUUGACUUAAGUUAAUGAUUUAAAUUAUAUUUUCUAAAUAGCAGUGUUAAAAAAAAUUAUGUCUACUUUGUUAUACAUUUAAACUCGAAUUUUUAUCCCAUCUAAUAAAUAUAAUUCCAAUUUUAUUGGAAGUGUUUCUCGUAAAAUAUGCAGGUGCUAAUUAACUUUUUGCAAAUAAUGAUUUUAUAUUAUUUCAUUAUAUAUCUAUAUAUAUUAUAUCUACAUAAAAUAAUUUUUAUCAGAAAUAUAUUUGAAAAAAGGAUAUAUUCGUAGAAACGAUUAAAUUUCGUAGAAAACAGAAAAAGUGUUUUUUCCCAGGAGAUACUGUAACAUUGUAAUAAAUAUACGCAAAGUAUUAAUGUACGUAAAUUUUGUUUAAGAUUUGGGGGAUAUUGCGCCAUAGAUUAUUUUAUCAAUGCUUUUUUUAUAAUUAUAUUAUUAAAAAAUGCCGCCUAUAAUUAAAAUUAUGUACUGUCAGAAACACAAAAAAUUUGAUUGAGACAGCCACUUUCUUACGAUUACUCGAUUCUGAUAUGAUUAGGCAUUCCGGAUCUUAAAAAUCCAACGUAUAAUUAUUAAGAUUAUAAUCUGAAUAUUGUAUAUACAACUAAUCAUUAACAUCAUUUAAAUAAAUAGUGCUAUGAUAAUGAUAUCGAUACUUACGCUUAAUAUCAAGUAUAAUAGCUUUAUUAUCGUUGUUGAUUUGUAUGUGCUAAAUUAAUAUUAGGCAUUAAAUUAUGUUUUGUUCUUUGCAAAUAAAAGUUUUUUUAUACCCUGUAUAUGAUUAUAUAUAAUAUAUUGAUUUGUAUCGAGAAAUAUAAAAAUACAUUUAAAAAAUGCCUAAUGUUCGGCAUUCUAUGGAGCAACACAAGUGAAGUGUAUAAAGAAAAUAUACAUAUAGAUAAGAGA